AUGGAUUUCUUCAGUCACUUCUGUAUCUGCAUGCUCUUCUUCUUGGUAUCAGUAACUCCUCUUCAGGCAGUGGGUGAAACCUGCUCAGUAGACAAAACCGUUCUUAAUAUACAGGAGAACAAUGCUGCAGGGCUUGUGGUUACCAAUAUUACAGCUGCUCCCGAUACCACAGUAGAAAUUGAUCCUGCAAAAGACACACAAUUUCAGUGGUUUGAGAUAAAGGGCUCGCAACUUAUCCUGAAAUAUUCAGUGGAUUUUGAGAAUAUAACAGUGCUAGUUGUAGAACUAGCAUGCCUUAGAGGGGACAUCAAAGUAGAGAGUUUGACAGUGGUAGUGAUAAUUGACAAUGUGAACGACAACCGUCCCAUCUUUGAAGAAACUAACAUCACUGUCCACGUUAGUGAGGAUACAAAAGUGAACACAAUUGUUGUGCCCCAGGCUAAUGUAACUGCUACUGAUGCUGACUUUGAUGUAAUAUCUUACAGACUUACAGGAAAUCCAACAGAAGCCACGGGUUAUUUCAAUAUUCAAGGAGUUAAUAACCCACAAAUUACCUUGCUCAAAGCCCUGGAUUAUGAAAAACUCAACUUCAUGGUGCUUACCUUAUAUGCCAUGGAUGGCAAUGCCGAUGCACCAGGUACACACACAGCCACGGCAACAAUAAACAUACAUGUCUUCCAGGCUGACCUCAGACCUCCCUGGUUUCAGCCAUGUACUCCCAUUGCAGCCAACAGCAUCAUCUGUCUCAGCCAUGGCUACACUGGCGCGGUCAACAUCUCGGAGAAAGUGACUGAUCCCUUGACCUUGAAGCCAGGACCACUCUAUGCUAUUGAUGGGGAUGAAAGUUUGAAUGAAGAAAUCGUGUAUGAAAUCGCAAGUGGAAACGAAAACAAUACAUUCGCAAUAAACAACAGUUCUGGAAACAUAACAAUGAACAAGCCUGCAAACAGCCUAAAUACAUUUCUGUUGUAUGUUCUGGCCUCCCAAGCCAACAAUCCAUCCAAAUAUUCUCAAACUACAGUGGAAAUUCAGGUUAUACAUCAAAGUAAUCAUACGCCCCAGUUUGAGAAACCCACUUAUGUAGGAAGAGUGUCUGUGGGCCAGCCUGUUUCCAGCCUGAUCAUGGAGGCUAAUGCAUCUUCAGUACCUCUGCAGAUCUUUGCAGCUGAUGAUGAUUUCCCUGAUAAAGUGAACCCUUUUAUAAAAUACAGCCUCGAAAACAUCACGGAUUUCAGAGUUACCACAGACGGAUUGCUCCUGACCACAGUAAUUCUGAAUCAGGCCUCACGAUUCACUUUUUUGGCUAUUGCUAAAGACACAAAGGAUCUGCAAGAGGCCAGCACAGUGAUCGUUGUAGAUGUCACACCUCUGGCAAAUUUACCUACAACUCCUUCUGGAGCUACAAAUUUGACAACAUCUCCUACAAGUACAACCAAGAAUUCCGGCAUUACUGAGACUGCAGGGAAGCCUGUAACAGUUACAACAUCCAGCUCAGGUACCCCUCCUUUUUUAACUACAGUAAAGCCUCCCAUCAUCACGGACACCAGCCAACCAACAGUUGGGACAGGCAAGCCUACAGUUGGGACUGACAAGCCUACAGUUGGGGCAGGCAAGUCUACAGUUGAGACGAGCAAGGCUACAGUUGGGACUGACAAGCCUACAGUUGGGACAAGCAAGCCUACAGUUGGGACUGACAAGCCUACAGUUGGGACAGGCAAGCCUACAGUUGGGACAGGCAAGCCUACAGUUGGGACAGGCGAGUCUACAGUUGGGACAGGCGAGUCUACAGUUGGGACAAGCAAGCCUACAGUUGGGACAGGCGAGUCUACAGUUGGGACAGGUGUAAAUGCACCCCCUGCAUAUACGGCACACGACAUGGCUGCUCUGGGUGCCACUUUGGGUUGCUUAUUGGCAAUCACAUUAGUGUUACUCGGAGUGAUCUGCUACAGGUAUUACAGAAUGAAGCGUGACUACGGAGAAGGCAGCAGCAAUAUUUUUGGAGGCUUUAUCAAUUCCAACUUCAAACUCGAUGAGAAACCUAACUCAGAUGAAAAGCAGAAUUUGUCGCCACCAAGCAUUGUGGAGGAGACCACCCUCCCAGUCACCUUGGCUUCCUUGGAAAACAGCCUGGCUGUAGCAACAGCUUUUGAUGCGAUAAUAGAGGGGAAUGAAGAAAGUGAGGAUUCCGACAGUCAAAAGGAAGUCAAAUCCAUUCUCACUAAAGAUAGGAAGGUGGGAGACGAUGGCUACAAGGCGGUGUGGUUUAAAGAUGACAUUGACCCAGAAGCCAGGGAUGAUGUCAUGGUGAUUGAAGACGAUAGUGAUACAGAACGGAACAGGAAUGACAACGCUGUUGACGAGAGCAGUGAUGACGAUGACAAUGAUAGAGGCAGAGGGGGCAGCGAUAUGUCCAUCGUUCCAGGAAGAGUCCAGCUCCCGGAUGCAGAGGAAACUAGCAUUUGCUUGUAA